AUGGGCCAGGCACCGUCCUCCUUCGAUUCAGAGCGCCCCGAGCCCCGCGUCGAGGAUCCGGAGACACCGCCACGAGGGCUGGCGCUCAUUGCCCAUGGACGCUUCGGCAAUAUGAACGGCUUCGUGGUCCGUAAGCUCGCCGAGUAUUUCCGCGAGGAGAGGCGGCUCAGGGUGGUCACCUGGGACGAUCUGGUCGUGUGGGACGGCCGCGACUUUCAUGCCGACUGGACAAUCUGGAUCGGAGAUGUUGCACACCAUCAUUAUAAUUUGACACGUUCGAACCGCCAGCACUUCCUCCACCAAGCAAUGGAAAAUUUCAAGAACGACUUCCCGGACGUCGGGAACCCAGAGUUGUUCAUAUGCGGCUACUCCGCCGGCGCCAUAGCCGCAGGCUGCACACGGCCGCAGCCAGCGUCCCUCGCGUCCCAUUUCACCUCUAUCCGCUACAUCCUCGUCUCAUACCCCGUGGAAUCCAACUUCGUCAUCGGUGUCUUCAAGACAGGCUCGAACUUCGGUUCUGUCGAGGGGCUGCUGCAGGGCCACGGCUGGGAGGGACUCCCGGCCGAGUUCAACGGCGCCGAGCCUAAGGUUGACGGCGUCCUCGUAAUUAACGGCUCGAAUGAUCGGGGUCCGUUCUUUGGAGUGUGGAGUGGCAUACUUUGGGGCAAGAAUUCGCGUGGAAAAUUGAGUCAGGUUGUUGUCGAUGGGGCCAACCAUACGUGGGAUUACAUGGAGCACCGCUUGGUAGAUGGGGUUGGAGAUUGGUUGGCCUAG